CUGCUUUGCUUGCGCCUCAGCAGAGUGAGACGAAGGGAAGAAAAAAAAAAAAACUAAAAUCUCAUCGGAGAUGGCGAGAGGCGGCGGCGUCGCGGUGGCCAUGGCCGUCGCGGUGGCGGCGGUUGUCCUCCUGCUCCACCCUGCCGCUUCUGCGGCGGCGGCGGGGCCGAAGAAGGUGGCGACGGCCGCGAGGAAGGAGGACAUCCCCUACAUCCGGUGCCAGGUCUGCGAGCGGAUCGCGCGGGAGAUCUCGGCGCAGGUGGCGAAGAAGCAGCAGGCGCUCCCGGCAACGAAGAAGGUGCCGGAGAUCGAGAUCAUCGAGAUCGCGGAGAAUGUGUGCAACCUGAAGAAGCAGGAGGCAGACUGGAUGCUCAAGAUCGAUAUCGUAGAGAAAGGCGAUAAGCUCGAGCUCGUUGAGCAAGAUGAGGAAGGGCACUGUAAUGCAGAAUGCAAAACCAUUGAGCGUGCAUGUCAGGAGGUGAUGGGGUAUGCUGAUACCGAUGUUGCUGAAUUCGUCUACAAGAAAAAACCUUCAGCUGAUCAGCUGGUCAAAUUUCUUUGCAAAGAUCUUUCUGAAGCAUGCGUUGUGGAUCCACCACCAGUUCCAAAAGAUCGGGUCCCUGGCGAACCUUUUGCUGCUAAGCCAUCAAAAGAUGCUGAGAUGGAUAGGAUAUUGAAAUCGAUGGAGGGUAUUCCAGGAGCUCCAAGCAUGAAAAUGUACUCUAGAGAUGAUCUGAUGAAGAACAAUUUUGGUGUUGACGGUGAUGAUGACGAUGAUGAUGAAGAUGAGGACGAUGACUUCCCAAAGAACUUGGGAAAAGUUUUCAAAGAUAAGGGUUCACCAAAGAAAGAUUUGAAACAACAAGUUGUGAAGCAGAUCAAGGAUACAGGCAAAAAGUUAAAAGGCCAUGUGAACAAGGUGUCAAAGGUGGUAAAGAAAUGGUGGCAAGGGAAGAAGAAACCUUCAAAAUCCAGCAAAACUGAACUCUAAAUACCACGGAAUUUCCAGUCCAAUUUUGCAUUCUCCUGGAGAUAGAUUGAUUGUCGGAAGGUUAGCGUGCCCCCCAGCAAAACAUCCACAGCUUUCAUAGAUGAUCAGAACAUAAACGUGUACAAUUUUUUUCCAGAAAUUUUCAGUGUACACCUAAACUAGGAAGGUAACUGGACGAGUUCGGCAUGAAUAUUCAUGAGUCAUAGUUUGCAAGUUUAGGAAAAACACCAAUUGAUUGUUGCUAUGCCAUACUCUGUAAAACAACGGCCAUACCAGUAAAUUAGAUGAUUGGCUGUC